GAAGAGAAGAAAUUGAAAGUAACGACGCAUUCACAGUAUUGCUGCCCUGUGCUGCAGAUCUGACCAUCUCAGGAAUAACUGGCAUUCUAACAAAUGAUGGAGGAAAUUUAUAUGAAUGCUGAAUAUGACAAAUUUGACAAUGCAAAAAACUGCACGGGUCCAAGGAAGUAUAAGAGGAGUUUCCAUUCAGGUGUGAUUCUCUGUUUGGGCCUGCUGAGUUUUUUCCUGCUAAUUGGACUCAUCACCCUUGGUGUUUACUUUCGUGAUUCAGCUGCAGAUGUCUCAGCCAAGAGUAGUAAACUUUCUUCCAUGACCGAGGAGAGAGACCUUCUUAAGGCAAAUCUGUCCACUACCGGAAACAAACUUUCUUCCAUGACCGAGGAGAGAGACCUUCUUAAGGAAAAUCUGUCCACUACCAGAAACAAACUUACCUCCAUGACUGAGGAGAGAGACCUUCUUAAGGAAACUCUGUCCACUACCAGAAACAAACUUACCUCCAUGACUGAGGAGAGAGACCUUCUGCAGGCCAACCUCGCUGAAAAGACAAAUGAGUUGGAACGGCUUCAAGAAAAAACGUGUCUCACAGGAUGGACCAUAUUCAGUGGUAGUUGUUAUUUCCCCUCUGUAAGGUCUGGUAUCUGGGGUGAAGCUAGACAGGACUGUAGAGACAAAGGGGCAGAUCUGGUGGUGAUAAAGAACUCUGAAGAACAGAACUUUCUCGCUACAAUCAUCAAUGAUAACACUUGGAUUGGUUUGACUGACCAUGGAACGGAAGGACAGUGGAAAUGGGUAGAUGGAACUCCACUGACUCUGGCGAACUGGGCAAAAAAUGAACCCAACAAUGGAGGCUCACGGCAUGGUGAAGAAGACUGUGUGCAUAUAAGAGCUGCAGACCAGAGGACUUGGAAUGAUAUUUCAUGUACAGCUGCUAUGAAAUGGAUCUGUAAAAAAAUACCAUAACACCAUUUUACAUCGAGACCAUAUAUUUUUACAUGCUUUGAAAUUUUAGCUAUGAUUGUUAUUCUAUUCUGCAUUUCAUUUUAAUGAUGAAUUCUGUUCUCACUGUGUAUAAAUAAGUGCAAAUUUUUAAAUCUGCAAUAUUACAUUAAUGGAAAAAAGAGCCAAUGUUUAUAUUUCUUGUUACAACAUUUAAUCAGCAGCCAGUUUUUAAUUCAGAGAAUCAAACACGUUUAUAAGAAAACAAACAAAGAUUGUAGUUUCUUAAGUGCUGGGGGGAAAAGCCUGCAGACUACUUCAGUUCCUUCAGUUUACUUCACUGGUGUCUGUCAAAAAGGCAACAGUUUCAACAGAGAACAUAAAAGAGUAUGAGAGAAUAUAUUUUAAAAUAAUGUUGAUGAACUGCUGUUUUGCUUUUAAACUGAAAAUCUUUAAAUCUGAUGUUGUUUAUUUUUGUUGUUGUUUAUUUUUGGUAUAACAUUGUCCACAAUCUAGCGCCUCUUGAACAGUUUGAAAUGACAAGAGCUUCCACUAGAGGGUGCUGUUGUGUUAAAUGUUAGUGAACACCAUUUGGAAGAAUGGUUUUUUUUACUUUUCAUAUGGGGAACAUCAUUCUCAAGUCUCUACUGUCAAAAAAGUUAAGGCUUUUCACAUGACAUAACACAGACUCACUUGUGCAAGAGAUGAUAAAAUAAUCAAACCCAUCUCAAUCACAUGUCAGGAUAUAAAGUGAGUCAGCAGCCAGUUCGACUCUGUGUUUAAAGAAUUAAAACCCUUUCACCAUUGUUUUAAGACUUAGACACAAAUGCUUUUAUAGUUUAACCAAAACACUACUGACUGGUAAGCAUACUGCAAAACAUGUAGGUCUAAUGUAGAGCAAAAAAAAAAAAAAAUCAGACACAAAAAUGUAAUGUGCAUUUAUUUUUCAUUUAAUUUCUGAAACAAAAAGUAAAAUGAUAUAUGGUUUGCCUCAUACGUUUUUACGCACAAUAAAAACCCAAUAGCAUGUGCAAGGACUCACUCUGAAGUAGGCAGCUCACAUAAUGAGUAAUAGAAUUAAAAGAAACAUUUCUGAAAACAUAUGAAACAUGGAAGAUGUUAAAAAAUCAAAUUAGCUUCAAGCCUGUCAUUCUAGACUAGGAUCCUGGGCCUUUUCUGGAGUCUUGGGUGUGGGGAAGGGGAACAUUUCUUAUAUUCAGAAAAACAUGUUGAUAAUGACAUUUUUUUUCUUUGUGGGGGCCUCAGAACAGAAUUAAAGGGUGACUUGUGCUACUAGGCUCACAUGUCAUGGCUCAUGUCUCACUAUCAUCUACAGGUUGAGGCAUCUGACAAUUAAUAUUAUUCUAAACCAUCAUUUUCAGUCCGGUCCCCCUUUUCCCCCCCUUGUGUGUGUGUGGGUGCACGUGUGAAGUUGUGACAGCAAUCUUCAUAAUAACCACACCCCUGAACAUGCACCCUGAUGAGACAAGGAAACCAAACAUUCAAGCAAAGGAGUACGCUAGUGUACAUAACACCAGGUAGAGUGAUAACUUGUGCUGUGAGAACAUCUCCACCUCUUUCAAGAUUGCCCAAAUCCCCACCCCCUCCAAAUGCCUUCGAAGCUUAUGUCUUUUAUGUUGUGAGAUGUGAUGAUUCAUGUGCCAUGUGCUGAGGUGCUUUUUUUUUCUGUUCUCAAACUGAUCUCCCUGUUGGAGCUCAGUCUGGGGGGAGUUCUUUUUUUCUCCUCGUCUUUCCGCAUGUUGUGCAUUUUCUAUGGUUUCGGUUCGGGUUGCUGCUCGUGUGGUUGACCGGCCAGUGCUACCUAGCCCAAUGUGAUGUUUGUAUGUCAUAUGUGUUGUCGGCAAGGUAUCGUCUAUCUUAACUGCCCCUUGGGGAUAAAUAAAGUUUUUUGACUUGACUUGA